UAAUAUUUACUCAAACGAAAUAACCAACCACCUUGCGUGUUGAAAUGCAACUUCUUCACCUUGCGUGUUGCCAAUGGCAGUGAAUGAUUCACUCACUGGUGCAACAAGAUGGAUAGUGUGGUGAAGAAGUGGUAGUGGUAGUAGUAGUAGCCGUAGCAAGAGGAAUCAGCGUUCCUUUGAUUCCAACAAUGGCCGAUCAAAUCGUGAGGGGACAAGAACUUGCAAGAAAAGCGGAGAACAAGCUAUGCUGUUGUUGCGUGUUCUUUGCUUCCAACAAUGAAGACGCUGCUGAACUGUUCAGAAAAUCUGCUAAUUCCUUCAAACUCGGAAAAUCUUGGGACAAGGCAGGGUCAGUUUUCAUCAGAGCGGCUGAAUGUCACAUGAAGACAGAUAGCAAGUAUGAUGCUGCAAAUGCUUAUGUAGAUGCUGCAAAUUGCUACAAGAAAACAUCCAAAAAAGGAGCUAUUUCAUGCUUAAAUCAAGCAGUGACUAUCUUCGCGGAGAUUGGUAGGCACAUCAUGGCUGCAAAGUAUUGCAAGGAAAUUGGUGAGUUAUAUGAACUCAAUCAAGACAUAGAGCAUGCUAAAUCAUAUUUCGAGAGGGCUGCUGAACUUUAUGAAAUUGAGGAUGCAAAUGCAACAACCUCCGUGAUCCAGUGCAAACUGAAAGUUGCACAAUUUUCUGCUCAACUUCAACAAUAUCAGAAGGCAAUUAAGAUUUAUGAAGAUAUUGCCCAGCAAGCGUUAAACAUUAACUUGCUGAAAUACGGAGUUAGAGGGCAUUUCCUUAAUUCUGGCCUUUGCCAGCUUUGUCAAGGGGAUAUUGUUGCAAUUACCAAUGCCUUGGAACGCUAUCAGGACUUAGAUCCAACAUUCUCCAGAACCCGUGAAUACAAAUUUUUGGCUGAUUUGGCUGCUUCAAUUGAAAAGGAAGAUGUUGCAAAUUUUACUAGAGUUGUGCACGAGUAUCAUACCACAACCCCAUUGGAAUCUUGGAGGUCGGCACUUUUAUCCAGAAUAAAGGAUGCAUUGAAAGUGAAAGAGAUGGAAGAGGAUGAUCUUACAUGAAUCAAUCAAACUGAAUUCUCUCCUGAUGCUACUUCCAAGUUCCAACUUUUUAAAUGGCAGUGGUGUGAGUGUAUAGUUUUUCCCAUCAUUAGAUGAUUUUUCUUACUAUUUGAAGUACAAGGUCAUCUAUGCAUCGCGCUUGUAUAUGCCCAAAAAUUGACAAAAUGUGUUUUCCAAACAUGUUUGAGCUGUAGAAGGGACAAAAUUGAAUCCAUCACGUUAAAGGCUACAAAUAAUACCAUGGUAAUCAUUGUAUGAA